AUGCCCCGAGUGAUUGGUGCCAUUGAUGGCACACUUAAACCUAUCAAAAGACCAAGCGGUGACGAUGAAUCGGCGUACGUGUGCAGGAAGGGGUUCCACGCCAUCAAUGUACAAGCCGUUUGUGAUUCAAGCCUUAGGUUCAGCAAUGUUGUUGCAAGGUGGCCUGGGGCGAGUCAUGACUCAAUGAUCCUUAGCAACAGCCUGUUGGGACAGUCGUUCGAGUCCUCUCCUCCAGAUGGAUGGCUUUUGGGAGAUUCAGGAUAUGCAUGCAGGCCCUGGCUCCUAACACCAAUAGGUAAUCCUCAGACAAGGCCAGAAGAAAGAUAUAAUGGAGCCCACAUGAAGACUAGAAACACCAUUGAAAGGGCAUUUGGUGUUCUGAAAUCAAGGUUCAGAUGCUUACACAAGUCAUCAGGGUGCCUUCAAUUUACCCCCACAAAAUGUGCCCAGAUUAUUAUGUUAGCAUUUAAGCUGCAUAAUUUCUGCAUAGAUUCAAGGCUGGACAAUCCCCCUGCUCUUGAAGAGGAAAGUGCCCCAGAAAUUGACUAUGUUUAUCAGGGACCUCUGAAUGAUGGCCACAGGAUGAGGAAGGAAUUAAUUCAGAAUACAUUUUCCUAAAUCCUACAUUCAAUAAUUCAUGUUUCUAAAUUUUCAUUGUAUACAUGACAGUGAAUUUGACUGUGUCCAAAUCAUCUAAAACCACUUGAUUAUGAUGUUAUUUCUUAAAAGAUACAGUUAGCAAUUCCCUAUGAAUGAAAAUGUCAUAAAUUAUAUUUAAUACAAGUGCAAUCUAUGUGAAUUUUAUCAUGGGGGACAGGCUGAAAGGAGAACUUAUAGAUUUACUUCUUAGCAAACUCAAAAUUUCCUCAUCGAGAGCCAGUCUCUUUUCUUCGACAGCCUGUCUUCUCUCCUCAACAGCCAAUCUUUUCCUCUCAAUGUCUAGCCUAUCACUUCCAUCACGUUGGAUUUGAUGCAGCACCUCCAGCUUCUCCCUCUCCAGCUCGACUACUGUUUGUAGCUUUGGAGAUUUGAACU